GAUCAUCGGAGCAGCCAAAACCAAAGGCGUAGUUGGGACCAGAAAAUAUAUGGCCCCCGAGGUUUUUCAGACGAAGAAAUAUGGCGCCUCCGCAGACUGGUGGUCGUUUGGAGUCACUCUGUACCAGAUGCUGGUGGGAAGGGUCCCAGUUACAUCAUCACAGCCCAAGAGGGAGUACCGGGACUGCACCGUUCACAAUGACAUCCCGUACCCAAGCUGGCUGCUAGCAGAUCAGAAAGACAUCCUCAUGAAGCUUCUGCUUAAAGAUCCAGAAUGCCGGCUUGGGACGAAUGGUGAUAUAAGAGUGCAUCCCUUCUUCGGCAUCUUGAACUGGGACCAUUUGGAACAACGCAAAAUCUGGCCCCCAUACCUGCCUCUGGUGAACCCAACUGGAGAUCUUCACCUCAGUUCCCAGGAUAUAUCCUUUUCAUUUGUAGAGGGGGCUAAUUGUAACAAAAACAAAAAAAGUUGGGAUUUGCCUGACCUGUCUUUUGUUAGCCCCAAAUGGAGGGAAUAAACAUCUGAGGUGGGAAUAAAUUCUCUUUUAUUCAGGAUUCAGCUUGAAGAUCUUGCCUGAAAAGUCUCCUGUUGGACGACGACCAGCAGCCCAGGAUGUCACCUCCCUGCUUCAUCUACCACCGCAGCAGAGC